AUGAACGGCGCAGCGUUCCCGUCUCCCACGGCAGAGAUGGCGGAGAUGAACCGCAUCCACUACGAGUUGGAGUACACGGAGGGCAUCAGCCAGCGCAUGCGGAUUCCAGAGAUGCUCAAAAUGGGACCCUACAGUCAGGACAAUCCUGAAGCAGGCUCACAUGACUUUCACAACAUCAUGAUGCAGGUCCCAGAGCGGAUCGUCAUGUCAGGAGACAGUGAGGACUCUCAGUUUUCUAGACCCAGGGACCUGGAUCUCAUCCAGUCCACCCCCCUAGAGAGCCUGUCCUUGAAGACCCCUCCCCGUGUCCUUACCCUCAAUGAGCGCCCACUGGACUUCAUGGAGAUGGAGCGCAGUGCAGCCCCAGCUCAGCCCAUUGAGGAGGUGCGUUCGCAAACUCGGUUGCGGCGGGAGCGUUCAGCCAGCGAGAACGCCACUGUCCGUCAGAACAGCCAGAUGGCCAGAAAUGAUUCAACUGUGAACCCACCCCCCCCAGCCCCCGUCCUCUCCUGCCCCCCCCUCACCAUGGCCGAGGACGGACAGAACCUCUACAGCGCUAGCGGCGUUCUAUCUUUCAUCCAGUCAACCACCCGCCGGGCCUAUCAGCAGGUCCUGGAGGUUCUGGACGAGAACCAUCGCAGCAAGCCAUCUCUGCGAGGGGGGUCUGCUUCGACCUCUAACCCCCUGCAUGAAUCCAGGUUUGCCCUGGCCACUCUAGACAGUACUCUAGAUGUAUCCAUGGCUCCUGAUGACAUGGCUGUCGUAGAUGCAGCGACACUUCGACGUCAGAUCAUCAAGCUGAACCGCCGACUUCAGCUCAUAGAAGAGGAGAACAAGGAGAGGGCCAAGCGUGAGGUGAUCAUGUACUCCUUAACCGUAGCCUUCUGGCUUAUUAACAGCUGGGUGUGGUUCCGCCGCUAGAACCUUUUGGGCCUCGGAAGCACUGCCAGAGAGUAGGGAACAAAGCCUUCCUACUCCCCUAUGUGUCAAAUGUUAGCAUAAUGUACUCUGCACUCAGUCCCAACACUGGACAUCCUUGAUGUGGGCACAUCAAGACCUUUUGGGCAAAGGGAUGUUUGUUUUUGGUUAAUUGUAUUGUAUACAUCUACUUGUACAUUUUACUUUUUUACAAUGUUAUAUAAUGUUGUUUUGGGUUUUCUUAUGUUUAUGUUUUUAUGAACAUCCUAUUACCUCAAAGAAGCAACGCAUGUAAAUAUAUUUGUUACUUAGCUGCUUUAAGCAAUGCUACGAAGGGUGUUAAAUAGUCUGCCAAAAUACUGGAGUCUGCUGGAAGCCAGAAGUUAAAUGCAAUUCACUUUGAACUGACUGACCUGGUCCUCAACCAGGGGGGAAUUUGAGGAAAAACAUGUAAUGUGUUCAUUAAACAAACUCUAAACAUGGGUCAUGUCCUACAUCUCCUUCCAAUAACUUUUAGGGGACAGAGAGACCAAAGAUAAUUUAAUUCAGAAUAAAUUAGCCUCUGACCUCUUUUUUUUUUUUUUCCAAGCCUGACUUUCCUGAUAGCCCCCCCAGCCUAGUACAUUGUACUAAAUGAAGUAGCUAUCUGGCUUUACCCACAUUGGAAUGUUACUUAACAUCUGGCUUUGGGGUCCAAACUACACUUUGGCAAGCACAUUCCUAGCUAUAGCAGUGUGUAAAUACUAGCAUUGCUAAAAGCAGCUACAUAUUAUUUAAAUUUGUGGUAAUCAUUGCUCCAGAGAUGAUUCAAAAAGAUAAUAUGCCUAAUGAGGAAAACAAAAAACAUGGUGGAAACAUCACAUUGAGUGAAGUAGGUUUGAAAAUAUUGUGGAGUACUGGUUAAGAUAAUGGAGACUGACAAAACCAAUGUGUUUAUUUUAACCAUUACUGCAAGAUGUACAGUAACUGUGACUUACAGCAUUUGACUCAUAGGUAUGUUUUUGUCUUUUUUUGUCUUGUUUUCCAUUAGUUCAUACCUGUUUUUGUAAAGAACCUGCUGGCUAGAGCACAAUGUUUUCAAAUUUGUUGUAGUUUUUGUCAUGAAGCACCGGCUGAAAGUCACAGAAUUGUAUUUGAAUAAAUUGCAAAACAGCUAAUCCUGAUAUUUGAGUUAGAACAUUUGUUACUGGUUUUAAUGUACUAUGUAUAAUAUUAGUCCAAUGUAAAGUCAAGCCAUGUCUAUUUGAAAGUUGGAACAGGUGCCUCUUAUCAGUCAUGCAUAAGCACAAACCUGUGUGUAAAACCAUGCGUACGAUAAUGUCCAUGUUACAUGUGUGCAAUAUAUCCAUAUGAACAUUUGUAAAAAAUUACAGCUGUGAUCAUACACAAAGUGCCAUGAGGUGGAAUAUAAACAGGAAAGAAAAAUCAUUUUUUGUUUGUAAAUGAAGCUGUGAGAAUAAUAUUUCAAUAAUGUU